AUGGACAUAACCUGAAAUCAAACAACCAUCACGGAAUUCAUCCUCUUGGGAUUUGGGGAUCUGUUUGAACUGCACAUUCCUCUCUUCCUGCUGUUUCUAGUGAUCUACAUUGUAACUGUGGCUGGGAACAUCCUAAUUCUGGCACUGGUUGUUGCUGAUCAGCACCUUCACAGCCCCAUGUACUUCUUUCUAGGAAACUUAUCGUGCUUGGAGAUGCUCUACACAUCUACAAUCUUGCCCAAGAUGUUAACUGGCCUCCUGACUGGGAGCAGAACCAUUUCUGUUAGUGGCUGUAUCACACAAUUUUAUUGCUUUGGUGCCCUAGGAGCAACGGAAUGCUAUCUCCUAGCAUCGAUGUCUUAUGACCGAUAUUUAGCGAUAUGCAAUCCACUCCGGUAUGCCAGUCUUAUGAAUGUCAGGGUCUGCAUCCGACUAGUAGCUUGUUCCUGGACAUGUGGAUUUCUGAGCAGCACCAUAGCAUUCAUCUUAAUAUCUAAGCUACAGUUCUGCAGCUCCAAUGAAAUUGACCAUUUCUUUUGUGAUUUUGCACCCAUCAUAAAAAUUGCUUGCACUGACACCAAACUCCUAGAGCUAAUCAUGUACCCGCUAUGUUCUCUUGUGUCCCUGUUCCCAUUUCUAUCAACUCUAACAUCCUAUGUUUCCAUCAUCACCACCAUCCUAAGAAUCCCUUCUAUUGCUGGAAGACAAAAGGCCUUCUCAACCUGCUCCUCACACCUUGCUGUUGUCAUAAUGUUUUAUGGAUCACUACUAAUUGUCUGCAUGAUUCCAACCACACACCUUUCAAAGGGAUUACAUGAGAUUUUCUCACUCUUCUAUACUAUUUUGACUCCCAUGGUCAACCCCCUCAUAUAUAGCCUCAGAAACAAAGAGGUAAAGGACGCUCUGAGAAGAGCUCUCUAUAAAAAGUGUGGCUUUUGUAAUUUGUCAGAUAGUAAAAUCUAA